AGUUGCUAGUGCAAAGAUGUAUGAAGAGACAGGUUGCUUUGAUCCCAACUCUAUGGUUGAAGGACCAGAUGAUGGACUUUCUCAAGUUUUGCAACCUCCACCUCCUCCACCACUCAUGGCAGGAAGCACCACAAAUAGCCAUAAUAGCUUUGAAGAGAAUCUCAAGCUGUCUACUGAAGAGCUAUCUUACCACCAUAGCAAUCAAGAGGAUGCUACUGCAGCUAUGGAACUCCAACUUCAGAAUCAACAGAUGGCUUUUAAUACCCAUCUGAUGCAAGAUUCUUCAAAUCAAGUUUUGGCUUUCACUUCAUCUUCUUUAGCAGAUGCAUCUUAUACUCCAACAGCAGAUCUUCUCAAUAUUUUUCACUUGCCCAGAUGCUCACCUUCUUCUUUGCUCCCAAAUUCUUCCAUCUCCUUCGCAAACCCUACCCAUACAGCUCCACUAGGCUUUGUUGGAGACCUUCCAAUGACAGAUACAGCAUCUGCUUCCUCCAUUCUCUAUGACCCACUUUUUCACCUGAAUCUUCCUCCACAACCUCCUUUAUUCAGGGAAUUAUUUCAAUCUCUACCUUCACAUGGCUACUCUUUGUCUGGCUCAAGAGGCAGCUCCUUGUUUGGUGGUGGAGGAGAUGAUCAUGUUGAGGGAAGUGGAGGAGGAGGGCUUUACCAAGAUGGGGAUGGAGAGCAACAGUUUGAUAAUGGAGUAUUAGAAUUCACAUGGGACAUGGCUUGUAUGGGUAAAGGAAGAAAAUCUGGGAAAAUAACCAAACACUUUGCCACUGAGCGCCAAAGGAGACAACAUCUGACAGACAAGUACCAAGCCCUAAAAGAUUUGGUUCCUAACCCUACCAAGAAUGAUAGAGCAUCUGUGGUUGGAGAUGCAAUAAAUUACAUAAAAGAGCUACUUAGAAAUGUAAAUGAGCUGAAAAUACUAGUGGAAAGAAAGAGAUGUGCAAGAGAAAGGAACAAAAGACUCAAGACUGAAGAAGAUUCCAUAGGGAAUAAUGGGCAUGAGACUUCUUCUAUCAUAAAGCCUCUUGGUGACCCAGAUCAGUCCUUCAAUAACAUAUCAUUAAGAAGCUCUUGGCUUCAAAGAAAAUCCAAGGACACUGAGGUUGAUGUUAGAAUAGUAGAUGAUGAAGUUACUAUCAAACUUGUUCAGAGAAAGAAGAUUAAUUGCUUGCUUUCUGUGUCCAAAGUCCUUGAUGAACUUCAGCUUGAUCUCCAUCAUGUUGCUGGUGGCCACAUUGGAGAUUACUACAGCUUUCUGUUUAAUACCAAGAUAUAUGAAGGGUCAUCAGUUUAUGCAAGUGCAAUAGCAAACAAGCUGAUUGAGGUGGUGGACAGGCAAUAUGCAUCAACUCCAUCUUCAAGUUGCUAUUAAUGGGCUGGGGAAGGAUUAAUAUAUAAAUUGCUAGAUAUAUAGGAAUAUGUUAGAGCAAAUGGGUAGGUGAAAAAUGAGACCUAGCUUGGCUUUUGUUGUCUUUGUGGAAGUGGUUAUUAAAUAAGAGUAGAUCUAAUG